AAUAAUCGAUAUCCAGAUGUGGAUGACACGAGACACUGGAUAGAAAGCGGGAAUGGCUUCUCUCGAACAAAAGCUCUGCGUACUCCAAUCCAAACUAAAAGAAACCGAUGAUAAUCUCAGUGUUUGCAUUGUUCUACUACAGCAGUAUUUAAGGCAAGAGAGAUAUAAGAAAACCGAUAUGAAAUCGAUAGGAAUUCAAGUAAACGUUGAAACUAAAAAUAUGACGACUGAUACAGAUAAUCAAGUUAAAGAAGAGGAAGAUCCCUAUCAGAAAAGUCUUACGCAAAUAUUUGGGCAACUGAAGACUGACCUAAUCAAUUUACACAGCCAUAUUCAAACCCAAAGUCUGCAAUUCUAAGUAAAUAAAAGUUCAAUAAAGGCACAACAAUUUAAUUAAAAUUUUCAAAAAUAUUUCAACGAAUUCUAUAAGUUUUUUAUUGAUAUAUUUUAAAAAUUUAUUCAAAAUAUUUAAAAACAUCAACAAGCAUAUUUCCUCAUGUAUAGAGCAUGAAUUUCAUCUACACGCUAUUAUCUAUUUAAUAAAAAAAUAUAUAAACUCCAAUAAUAAAGAGAUUCAACUAUAAAAAAUUAGGGACAAUAUAUUCGAGAUAAUCAACUGCUGAAACGAAGCACUAUAACAAUAUCUAGUUUGCCCUUAAUUUUUGUAUAGUUUAACCCUUAAGUCGUCUAAUUCGAGGUGUAUUAUGCAAACACUUCAGUUAAAUAUUUGUGUGAAUAAUCAUAAACAACCAGCAUUAUAGCACCUCCAGGUCCUAAUCGGAGAACUUUGGGAAGGAGACCCUUGUAGAGAGCUGUUAAUCUGCAAAUUGAAAUAAUCAUAGCCCAAGUGCUGGGCAUUUCAGAUGACUUGGAUUUGUUGGCUUGCAGCGUUACUUUUACGACCUCAAAUGGAUUGACUAAUAUAGCUUCGGUCACUCCUGCUCCAAAUCCUGCCAAUGAAAAUGUCUGAAAAAUAAAUUUACAAUUUAAGUACCAUAUUGAAGAUGGUUUCUUUGAAGGAAUUUUAUUAAAUUUACUGUUAGAUUAAUUGAUUUAAAAAUGUAAUCUUUAUCGAUUUUGAAAUGUAUAAAAUGUUGAACCAUACAGGGUGGUAUAUUAUUAUGGAAAUGGUUAAUAUAUCUAUUAUUGUAAAAGAUAGCAAAG